UUCAUUUUUUUAAAAAAAACAACAAAAAAGGAAAAAAAAGAAAAAUUCACACUCCAAGCUCUCUCUAUAUAUAUCAGUCAUCACAAAACACUUAUCACCAAACACACACACACACACACAACUAGCAAACCUUCAAAGGACCAUGGCUGAUCAUCAAUUCACCUCAGACAUACAAAAUUGUAUUACUAAUAAUUCACCAUUUCCUUUAUCAAAUUUCGAUUCGAGCAUCGAUUUUAUGAACCAGUUUCCAAAUAUGAUGACCAUUCCAUGUUCUUCAGACAUGUCAAGUUUCAAUUUACAUAGCUCAUUGGAAUUUUCCCAUGAAAAUAUUUUUAAUCAAGUAGCUGAGUUUCCAGGAAAUUUACAAGAAAUUUUUCAAGGAAAUUUUCAACAAGGUGAUGCCAAGAUUAAUGCCAUGGAAAAUAAUCUUCCAAGAAAUGACAAUAUCAAUGAAAGCAAAAAGAGGAAAAAAAUUGAUACACCAGAGAGCAGCUCAGCAUAUUCAUCCCCUGCAGUUUCUGCUACGGGAACUAAAAGGAGAAAUCAUCUAGGAGUCGAAGCAAUAUCAAAUAGCCAAGUUCAAAGGAGCAAAGGAAGAGGAAACAAAGUGAAAAGUAAUGAAAAGGAAGAAGAGAAACCAAGUGAUGUGGUCCAUGUUAGAGCUAAAAGAGGCCAAGCAACUGAUAGUCACAGCUUAGCAGAAAGGGUUAGAAGAGGAAAAAUUAAUGAAAGACUUAGGUGCUUGCAGGAUAUUGUUCCGGGAUGCUACAAGACAAUGGGCAUGGCAGGAAUGUUGGAUGAAAUAAUUAAUUACGUGCAAUCCUUGCAAAAUCAAGUGGAGUUCCUCUCCAUGAAGCUUACCGCAGCAAGCUCAUACUACGAUUUCAACUCAGAGUCGGACAUUCUCGUGGCAUUGCAGAGAGCAAAGGCAUAUGAAGCACUAAAAAUGCAAAAGAUGAAGAAGGAAAUUGGAUGUGAAGAGUUGUCUUCAAAUCAAGUUGGCCCUUAUGACCAUAAUUUUGGAAGUUAUCCAAUGUUGCCAUACAACACCUGAAGAUUCUCCACAAUUUUUUUUUUUUUUUAUUGCUCAUUAAAUUUUCAAUCAAACUUUUUCCCACUUGGUGUUAUACUUAUGUAAUCUUUGUACACAAUGGAAAAAAAAUCAGAAAUUUAUAAAUUAAAUAUACUUAUAUCAAGCAUCACUUAGCUUUUAUGUGGGGACUUAACCAAAUUAUUUGUAGUGAACUGUUUGAUUUCAUUUUCUUCCCUAAUUGUAAUUUGUGGUUGAAUGUUUCUUGAUGGGAAUAGGAUGUUAAUUGAAAAUCUAUGUUGAGUUA